GGAGGCGUGCGAAAAUGUCGUGAGACGAAACCACCAGCAAAGAAAUAUUACAUUCUGAGACACACAAAAAUCUUCCUAUGAGAACAAGAAUAAUAGAUAUAAUCUAAAAACAACGAAGACCCACAAAAGAAAAUCCAGGGAGUAUAGACUAUACUAUAGAGUCUAAAACCCUAUAAAAGAAGAAGAAGAAGAAAAAUGUCGUGCCCGGAGUGGUAAAGACCUAUCUUAUUUCGGCUCGAAUUCCGCCUUGGAACGCCUAGUCGGGUGUCCUCUCAGUCCCAGGCAGAGCAGGAGAGUCCGAGGAGGCAAGAUUCGUCUCGAAAGAUGGAUGACAAGCAGGAGGAAUAUGUCCUGAGGCGCAGAGGGCAAGGCAAGAGCGGCGACAAAGGCUCGGCGAGUUUGACAGAGGCUUCUGAAGAUAAGAAGAAGGGCAGACCUUUGGCAGACCGAGAUGAAGUCAUUAACCUUAAGCCUAACACGUAUUGGCUCACAAGGAUUGUAUAUCUUAGAGGCAUUGCCUUCAUAUACUUUGUGGCUUUCCUUGUGGCCUACAAUCAAAACAAACAGCUUGUAGGUGAUACUGGACUGCUUCCUUUGAAACUGCAUAUGGAAGCCAUCAGUAAACAGGUUGGCAGUGACUGGUGGAAAAGAAUUCAAGCUGCUCCUACGCUGUUAUGGUUAGCUGAACCUUGGCAUGAUGUUAAUCACUGGCUGGAUGGAAUAGCAAUGGGAGGGUUGGUCUUCUCUUUUAUCAUCAUCCUCACUGGAGCUGCCAAUGUCAUCAUUUUGCUCAUUUUGUGGGUCCUUUACCACUCUCUUGUUGCUGUUGGUCAGAGAUGGUAUGGCUUUGGUUGGGAGUCGCAGUUAUUAGAAACUGGGUUGCUUGGAGUAUGGGGAGUCCCACUGCUGUCUCUUGCUGCUUUGCCUCAGAAAACCCCAACACCUUGGGUACUUGUGUGGGGCCUAAGGUGGCUGAUUUUUAGGAUUAUGCUCGGAGCAGGAUUGAUCAAGAUCCGUGGCGACAGAUGCUGGCAUGACCUUACCUGUAUGAACUACCAUUAUGAGACGCAACCAGUUCCCAACCCAAUGUCAUACUACAUGCAUCAAUCACCUGAAUGGUGGCACAUGACGGAAACAUUUGGCAACCAUAUCAUUGAACUGGUUCUUCCGUUUUUCACGUUUCUUCCCCGAGGUUUUAGGAUGGCUUGCGGCUUCGGCCAGAUAAUGUUUCAGGUCGUUCUCAUCAUAUCAGGGAAUUUGAGUUUCCUUAACUGGCUCACCAUCGUACCAAGCCUGGCCUAUUUCGAUGAUCGUUCAUACUCUGUCUUCUUCUCCAAAUUAACCAGAAGAAGAGUGUUUGAUCUUCAGCAGAUGCAAGAAGAAGAGUCACCAGUGGUUGAUCCAGGCUUACUGAGAAAAUCUGUGAACAUGGUUGUUGCAAUGAUGAUUGGUUACCUGAGUCUGCCAGUCAUCCUUAAUCUCGUCUCAUCACACCAGGUCAUGAACACUUCCUUUGACCCAUUCAGGAUUGUCAACACCUAUGGAGCUUUUGGAAGCAUCACCAAGGAGAGGACAGAGGUCGUGUUCGAGGGCACGCAUGCCUGGGAUCCUGACGCAGCUGAUGCAGUGUGGGAGGAAUACGAGUUCAAGUGCAAGCCCGGACGGACAGAUGCAACGCCUUGCCUCAUCUCACCCUAUCAUUACCGCCUCGAUUGGUUGAUGUGGUUUGCUGCAUUCCAGUCAUAUGAACAUAAUCCCUGGAUCAUUCAUUUAGCUGGCAAAUUUCUAAUGAAUGAUGCAGAAGCUUCAACGUUAAUUUCACAUAACCCGUUCCUUGGCAAAGACCCUCCGAGAUUUGUACGGGCACUUCACUAUAGAUACCGGUACUCAAGCCUUUGGGAUGUAGAUAGACGACACUGGUACAAACGUUCCAUAAAGGGCAUUUAUCUCCCUCCUGUGGACAUACGUAUGCUCAAACCACUCUUCAGGCGAAUGCAGUGGAGAUCUCUUGGUUGAUGAGAAAUAGUUACUAUAAUUCCUUUUUUCUUUGUUAAGUUUGUUGAUCUUGAAUAUAGAAAUGUUGUUGAUAUUCACAGUAUUUUCUUUACAAAGGAUAUAUAUAUAUAUAUAUAUGUAUAUAAUUUUUUUUCUUUUUUUCUUUUUUUUUGGUAUAUGAUGCAUAUCAGAUUUACACUUUAGUUUUAUUGGUACAAAUUUGUUGGUUUUACUUGCACAUAUUUAUAUUAUUACUUUAUACAAGUGUUUACAUUAACCUGUAAAAGGUCAUCCACGUGUGAGUGUGAGUGUGAGUGUGAGUGUGAGUGUGAGUGUGAGUGUGAGUGUGAGUGUGAGUGUGAGUGUGAGUGUGAGUGUGUGAGUGUGAGUGUGUGUGUGUGUGUGUGUGUGUGUGUGUGUGUGUGUGUGUGUGUGUGUGUGUGUGUGUGUGUGUGUGUGUGUGUGUGUGUGUACAUGAAUUGAUGUGUUUUCGAUAUCAAGUCAGAAGUAGAUCAGAUAAUAUCUGCAGUAAUUAUGUUGUAAUUAUGUCGGGUAAUUAAAACACUGUUGCCAAGAUAAAAGAAAGAUGGACCAAAUAUGUCUCUGAAAAAUCUGAUUUAGAGCGGUGAAUCAUAUAUUCAGAAAAUGAUAUGAAAUUUGGAAUGAUUUUGAACUCCCUUUGGAAACCUGCAGAUAAGAUCAGUUGGGAUUCUAAAUAACAGUCUGAGGCACCUCAGCUGAGUACAUUUUUUCAAAAAGUAGUGGCCUCUUUCCAUGCCUCAUUUUUGGUGUGAACAGUAUGUAAUGAGUAAGAACCAGCAAAUCUGAUACUGUCUGGCCUUUUUCCUCUGGUUUCAAGGCCACAGAGAGGUAACCCCCUUUGCGUUCCACCUCCUCCUCCCCUUACCCCUCAGUCAACCUGCUGUUUCCUCUCCAGACCAUUAAAGGCUACUUAUUAAACACACAAUCCCACUCCCUCACCUUCCCCAAAGAAUUCUCUCACUUCCCCUCUUGCAAUGAUCUCCAGGCAGUGUAGAAGGUACUUAUCAUAUUACUUUGUGUUUCUUAUUACUGUGUUACACAUAUAAAUACAUGCUUCACUGAGUUAUGAAAUAAGAUGUGGGUUUUUAUUACUUUAUAUGUGUUUUAUAUACAUUUUUUAUAUACAUUACAUGAAUAUGCUCAUUUUUAUAAUUAUACAAAGAGUACCUUUUUCAAAUCUUUUUAAUGUUUGGAGUUAAAUGGGGUUAGAGCUGAAUUAUUGCAGGCAUUGGAGUACAAGACUUUUGGUAUUUUUUGAAGUCACUGUAAGGUGUUUGUUCAAAAAGAGAGAGAGAAAAAAAUCUGACCAGAGGAGGUACUAUUGGUUUAGUUUAAUGUGACCUUUUAUGGGUUAAGAAAUCAUCAUAACUUUGACCUUGUUGACUUGGUGAAUGUGUGAGUAGCAUAGUUACAUGUCAAGUUUUACUGGUGGAUGAUGUAAUGAGCUGUUUUCAGUUUUAAAACAGGUAUGUCAAACUCAUUUGCUCUGGCAACCCAGUUAUAGUAAAACGUUAACAUGAUUAAGCCAGAUAACAUAUAUAGUGUAAGAGAUAAAAAAAAAAACUUUAUAAAUUGUUUUAAAUUAAAUAAAGAAUUUUAAAGGGAGUAGACAAAAAGGCCACUUGAUUAAUGAAAAACUUAGACUAUGUUGGGCUACAUGUUUGACACCCCUGCUUUAAAGCAGUGUUCAUGAAUAUUAUGUUUUACAGGAUAAAGGAGAAAAGAUUUGCAAAGGUUGUUUACUGAGGUCUUAUGCUGUGGUUACACUAUUCAUAAAAAAUGAUGGGAUUUAUAGCUUCCUGUAGGCAAUAUGCUGUCCGUCCACUGGUUUAGGAUAAAACAAUCAUCCUGCAGAUUAUAUAGUUUCUGCAGAUAGCCAGUAUGAAACCAUUUUGAUGGACUCAACCUCUUAUGCUCAUUUUUGUCACUGAGUAACAAUGAAGUACUUCAAUCGAUUUUUUAUGAAUAGUGUAACACAUGCCAUUACUGUUUUUUUGAUAUCCAAUACAAGUGUUCUUGGUGCAAGCACAAAAAUUCCAUUUUUCUAUCACUUAAGGUUCAAAUUUUGUGCCUUGGUGCCUGUUGACAUUGAGCUUAAUAUAUCUGUGUAAACUUUAGUUGAAUUGAAUUUAUGUUACCGUCUUUUUAGUCUAGGUUGUGAUAUUUUCCAGACUUUUGAUGUUGGUAAUAUAUCUUCAGCUUUUGUAAAGAAAACAUUGUGAUUGUACUUCAUCUUGUUUAUUUUAAUCUUUGAAGUACGAUUUUGAGAUUACGGAUAUCAUGAAGGUGAACCCAUUCACUUUGUAAGAAAUAGUGUAGGUUAAAUAUAUCAACAUCUAUGACGACUCUCCCUAGCUAUUUGCCACUGACACUAAUAAUAAAGAUUAUCAACUGUAAGGUAGUGUAGUUAUGAAUUUUGUGAAAUCUUAAAUGAAAUAUAGAAAAAAUAAUUGAUAUCUUGUCAGUUUAGCAGGGAUAAAUGUACCUGUAUUCCAAACCCUCCAUCUUUGGAAUAUGAUAGAUAGUGAAACUGACACAGAAAUCAUUUAAUUAAAGCCAGUAGCAUUAUAAUGUUCUUGAACAUUGUCUGGUCAGUCUCCUCUACCUCAAAAAUAAAAAAAAAUUCAAAACAAUCAGCUUCAGGUUGAGCUCAGAUAGUAAAAUCCUGUCUUGUUACAUAAAUAACUAUGCAAGAUCUCCAUUUCCCAAACAAAGUAUCCAGAGAUUGGUCUUGGCAGUCGUUUGAUACUACCAGGUCUUUCUUUUCCUUUACCUUCUCACUCAAGGUUGUAGAUCUGUAAAUACUUAACAUAGAUAGAUGGUGAUGUUGGUCACUGUAUCAUGCAUGUAACUGAAUUUGACAAUAGCUACCUUCGACAUUUUUUUGUGUCUGAAUUUGAGAUAACCUUUUGUUCGAAAUCUAGUGACAAAUGUGUGACACAAGUUUUUGUGAUGGUAAACUUGUAGCUAUAUCAUAUAUCUUAUAAGAUUUAUUUUUUUAAUUUCCUUCACUUUGAUUCACCAUUCAGCAAGAUUAAUAUUGCAUGUAAUGGGAUAAAAGUAUCCUACACUUAUGUUUUUGUGUGGACUGAAAUGUCAUUAGUUGAUGUAGUAAGUUAACAGUUCACCAAUUCAGAAAUCAUGACUUUCCUACUUAUAAGCAAAUUAAGUGUAUGUACUUCACUUAAUCAUAUAUUAGAGUCAGUUCUUAUACUUGAAAAAAAUGUAGAUAAAAAGCCCCAGAGAGAAGAAACAGUUUUUCUAAUGAAGUAUAAUUUUGAAAUUAAUAAUUUGCUGUUAAGCAAAGCAAUGUCCAUUAUAAUGUAAUGUCCUUAUCAGUAUAAUUAAUUCUUGUUUAUAUUUUUUUUUCAAUGAAGGUGAUGUACUUUGGUUUUAUGAGCAAUAAAAAUUAGCCUCCA